AUGAAGAGAACCAAGGUCGCCGUCGUGGCCCGAAUAUGGACAAACAUAGGCAUUCUCAGGUGUGAUGUUGUUAGGAUUUUGGGACUUCUUCCAGAGCAAAAGCUUACAACUGUUAUAAGAAUGUUGGCGUAUGCUUCAUCUGCUGAUCAGAUUGAUGAGAUUGCUCGAAUGGGGAAGUCCACUACAUUGGAGGCCUUAAUAAGAUUUUAUGAUGCAGUCGAAACUCUGUACACUAGGGACUACCUGCGCAGACCUACACCCAAGGACCUCCAACGGCUUCUACAAAAAGCCAAAGCUCGAGGAUUUCCAUGA